AUGCCUGUUACUGUUACACUGGUCAAAGCUACUGCUGAAAAUGUUGAUGAAGCUGUUCGAGAACUUCCUAACGCCAACUUGAGACCAGAAGACUUGUGGGCGAUCCACUCUCGGCCUGUUUUCCCACGGCCACACAAAAUGCACAAUCCUUCUUGGAUAUCAAUACAAAAGAUCACUAGACGUGGUGAAAAAAUUGGUCUACAUCAUUUUAAGCCAAUAAAACCCUUAGGGUGUGGUGAUACUGGCAGCGUUCACCUGGUAGAACUACAGGAGCCUGGCGAACUGUAUGCUAUGAAAGCAAUUGAAAAUCGUAACAAGGUUCACCGAGCAUGCGCUGAAAGGGAAAUCAUGUCGUUACUCGAUCAUCCUUUUCUUCCGGAACUAUUUUCUUCCUUUCAGCCAAUACUCCUACACACAUGUUUGGUUACAGACUUUUGCUCUGGUGGAGAGUUAUUUGCUUUACUUGAAAGGCAGCGUAUGAAGUUAUUUAAAGAGGAAUCUGCCAAGUUUUAUGCUGCAGAGGUUGUGAUUGGCUUGGAAUAUCUUCAUUUUUUAGGAAUAAUUUAUCGAGACUUGAAGCCUGAAAAUAUUUUACUCCAGAAAGAUGGGCAUAUAGUAUUAAGUGACUUUGAUUUAUCAUUCAUGACGUCCUGCAAACCCCGAAUUAUUAAGCAUCCACCACCUAAUAAUAGGAGAAGAUCCAGAAGUCAGCCACUGCCAACAUUUUUGGCAGAACCAGUUACAGUGUCAAAUUCAUUUGUGGGAAUUGAAGAGUACAUUGCUCCGGAAAUUAUUACAGAUGUUGGCCACAGCAGUGCUAUUGAUUGGUGGGCUCUUGGUAUUUUUUUGUAUGAGAUGCUCUACGGCCGCACAUCUUUCAGAGGUAAAAAUAGACAGAAGAUAUUUGCCAACAUUUUGCACAAAGACCUCACUUUCCCAAGUAGCAUUCCAGUAAGUCUUGCAGGUAGGUAGCUGCUUAAUUUGUUGUUAAACAGAGAUCCUGCAGAUCGUUUAGGAUCAAAUAGUGGUGCCAAUGAAAUUAAACAACAUCCUUUCUUCCACGGAAUCAAUUGGCCUUUGAUUCGCACCAUGAGCCCGCCUUCACUAGAUGCACCCUUUGAGUUAAUUGAAAAAGAUCUGAAAGCCAAAGAUGUCAAAUGGGAAGAUGAUGGAGUGCUUGUUAAGCCUGUAGAUUUGGACCUUUUCUAA